AUGGAAGAACAGAAGAAACUUGCAAGAAAAAAUAGAAUAUGCGUAAGGAACCAGAAACGGCCUAAAUAUCCCCCGGAUAAUAAUGGCUUUAUUAAUCAUACUACUAUCAGAGAGAAUGCUUUUGAAAAGGGAAAAACAAAACAACCAUUAAUGAACAUAACAAAUCGUCAAAAUUCCACUCCAUUAUGCAGUGCAGACAUAAAGAAUUGUGGACACGUUUCAUCGUCUAAUUCUCAAGCACUAUAUCCAAAUACAAUGGCAGACCAAAAUUUGCUAUGUGGUUUGUCGACUUCAAAUUUGCAAACAAAUCGUCUUAUGCCAGAUUUAAAUGUGCUACCAUUAUUGCAAGGGAGUGCUUUUGAGAAAGGGGAAAUGAAACAACCAUUAACGGACAAAACAAAUCCUCAAAAUUCCACCCGACUUUUCAGUACACCCAUAAAGAAUUGUGGACAUGUUUUAUCGUCUCGGUGUCAAGGACAAUAUCCAAAUUCAAUGGCAGAACAAAAUUGGCGAUAUGGUUUGUCUAAUUCAAAUGUACAGACAAAGCAUCUUCUACCGGAUUUAAAUGAACCACCAUUAUUGCAAGAAUUUGAGGAUGUCAAUAUUGAUGGUGAUAUGCCAGGCGAUAAGCGAUCAAGCUUACAAGAUCAUGAUGAAAAUGAAGAUGAAGAUGUGUUUGAAGAAGAUGAAGUCGAAAGCUGGACAAUUUUCAAUGAAGAUUACUGGGAUAUAGGCGAUGCUACUUAUGAAUGUGAAUAUUGUGGGGCAUAUUUUUGGUACGAGAAAAGAAUUAACAAGAAGUACAAGAAUAGAAAACCAGUAUUUAGUUUGUGCUGCAAUCGUGGAAAGAUCAAGCUACCAAAUCCAAAAGAGCCGCCUUCAAUAUUAAAGGAAUUAUUAUUUGGAUCAGGUGCAAAAAGUAAACAUUUCAGAGAGAAUAUACGGGCAUACAAUUCUAUGUUCUCAUUUACAUCAAUGGGAGGAAAGGUUGAUGUCUCUGUCAACCAAACAAAGGGACCAAGAACAUUCAGAUUAUCUGGGCAAAACUAUCACCAAAUUGGAAGCUUAUUACCUCCACAGGGAUCUACUCCAAAAUUUGCACAAUUGUAUAUCUAUGACACAGAAAAUGAAGUAGAAAAUAAAAUUCAUGCUAUCAGUUAUUGUGAAAGUAACAAUCAGCUUCAUGCUGAAAUUGUUACUGAUUUGAAGCAAAUGCUUGAUGACCACAAUGUUCUUGCAAAGUCAUUUAGAAUGUCAGGACAACUACAAAGGAUAAAUGAAUUAAAUGCUGCAUACUUAGGUUUUCAAUAUCCGUUACUAUUUCCAUAUGGUGAAGACGGAUACCGAGAAGAUAUUCCUUUAAAUGAAAGUGAUGAUUCUACUGGCGCAAGGAAAUGUGUUAGCACGCGUGAAUACUUAUCAUACAAAAUUCAAGAAAGGAAGUCUGAAGUCCCAACAAUUGUUUCAUCUAAAAGAUUAUUUCAGCAAUUCAUGGUAGAUGGAUAUACAAUGAUGGAAUCAUCUCGAUUAAGGUUUAUUAGGCUUCAUCAAAAACAAUUGAGAGCACAUUUUUAUAAAGGGUUACAAGAUGCUGUUUUACAUGGGGAUAUACAACCUUCUUCUCAAGGACAAAGAGUUAUACUCUCUUCCAGCUUUACGGGAGGUGCACGUUACAUGUUGCAGAUUUAUCAAGAUGCCAUGGCAAUUUGCAAAUGGGCGGGGUACCCUGAUCUGUUUAUCACUUUUACUUGCAACCCAAAAUGGCCAGAGAUUACUAGAUUUGUGGAUAGUAGGGGAUUAUCUCCAGAAGAUCGUCCCGACAUUUUAACAAGGGUUUUUAAAAUCAAGCUGGAUCGCAUACGCGACAAUAAAAUUUUUGGAGAAGUAAAAGCAGUGAUUUAUACAGUUGAAUUCCAAAAGCGAGGUUUGCCUCAUGCACACAUCUUGCUUUUUCUUAUGAAUAAAUACCCAAAUAUCGGAGAUAUUGAUGGAAUAAUUUCAGCAGAAUUACCAGAUAAAAAAGUAGAUCCUUCUUAUUAUAAUGUUGUUACAAAUUUCAUGAUGCAUGGUCCUUGUGGUACUGCUAGAAAAUCAUCUCCGUGCAUGAAAAAUGGUAGAUGCACAAAGCACUUUCCAAAAAAAUUUGUGUCAUCAACCACAAUUGAUGAAGAUGGGUAUCCAAUUUAUAGAAGAAGGGAUGAUGGUAGAACUGCAAAGAGAGUAGGUAUUGAGUUGGAUAAUAGGUAUGUUGUACCACACAAUAGAUUUUUAUUAAUGAAGUAUGGUGCACAUAUUAACGUGGAGUGGUGUAAUCAAUCACGAUCCAUUAAAUACUUAUUUAAGUAUGUAAAUAAAGGUAAUGAUCGUGUCACCGCAGCUUUUUCUCAAAGUGUAAAUAAUGAAGAAUCGGGGGUCGUUGAUGAAAUAAAUAUGUAUUGUGAUUGCCGAUACAUAUCACCUUGUGAAGCUGAUUGGAGAAUUUUUAAAUUCUCAAUACACCAUAGAGAACCACCGGUAGAAAGGCUAUCUUUUCACCUACCAAAUAAUCAGACGGUCAUAUUUUCGGAUGAUGAUCCAAUUGAUGUUGUUGUCAAUAGACCAACCGUAAAGGAAUCUAUGUUUUUAAGCUGGUUUGAAGCUAAUAAAAUAUUUCUUGAAGCAAGAGAAUUGACUUAUGCAGAAUUCCCUCUAAAGUUUGUGUGGAAACAAAACUUAAAAAGAUGGGAAAAAAGAAGAACAUCUGCAUUUUCUAUUGGGAGAAUAUUCUUUGUCCCACCUGGCUCUGGCGAGCAAUAUUACCUUAGAUUAUUGUUGAAUGUCAUUAAAGGUCCAAAGAGUUAUGACGAUUUAAAAAAAAUUAACGGGGUUGAUCAUGAGACUUUUAGAGAUGCAUGUUAUGCAUUGGGUUUGUUAGAUGAUGACAAGGAAUACGUGGAUGCUAUAAUGGAAGCAAGUAAUUGGGGAACGACAUCAUAUCUUAGGCAAUUAUUUGCUAUGCUCCUUUUAUCAAAUUCAAUGUCACGUCCAAAAAUUGUUUGGCAAGCAACAUGGCAUUUACUAUCAGAAGAUAUCCUUCAUGAAGAAAGAAGAAUGUUGGAUCACCCAGAAGCUGACCUAACAGAUGAAGAAUUGAAAAAUCGCUGUUUGGAAAAGCUUGAAAUUUUUUUGAAAGGUUGUGGAAGAAGUUUUCAGGAUUUUCCAACAAUGCCAAGGCCCGUUUAUAAUACGGACGAAAUUGACAACAGUAACAGAUUAAUACGGGAUGAAUUGCGUUAUAAUAAACGUGCUUUGGCAGAUGAACAUCAACAAUUAGUAAAGAAUUUGACACAUGAGCAAAAGUCAGUUUAUGAAAAAAUAAUAAGAGAUGUGAAUGAAGACAAAGGUAAAUUUUUCAUUUUAUAUGGUUUUGGAGGAACAGGCAAGACUUUUAUUUGGAGAACUCUAUCUUCUGCCUUAAGAUCUAGAGGAGAUAUUGUGUUAACUGUUGCAUCUAGCGGGAUUGCAUCUUUGUUGCUACCAGGUGGUCGAACAGCUCAUUCAAGAUUUGUGAUUCCUCUAAAUGUAACUGAAGAUUCAACAUGUAAUAUCAAGCAAGGUACUCCUUUAGCAAAUUUAAUUAUUAAGGCAAAGUUGAUUAUUUGGGAUGAGGCACCCAUGAUGCAUAGAUAUUGUUUUGAAGCUCUUGAUAAAACUUUAAGAGAUAUUCUUAGGUUUAAAGAUGCAUCCAAUUUACACCGACCAUUUGGAGGUAAAACAAUUGUUCUUGGUGGUGACUUCAGACAAAUAUUACCAGUCAUUCCAAAAGGUAGUAGACAAGAUGUUGUUAAUGCUUCUCUCAAUUCUUCUUAUUUGUGGCCUCACUGUCAACUCUUAAAGNCAAUCGAGCUAAGGAUGGUCAGACGUGAACUAGUGGAAGUAAUGAAACAUGGUAAUUGCAAGCGUGAAGGAGUUCUCUUCUUUAUUGGGGUGUUAUUGUCCUAA